AUGCCUAACCAGAUCCGCGACAUAUCCGUCAUUGACAAGGAUACUUAUCCUUACAUCUUCGAGCAGAAUGUGACCGUCAAGCUGCGUAGUAACACAGGCCUUGUUCGGCUGAAUGUCUAUCGACCCAAGAAGUCAGAAGGCGUUCCCGUCAUCAUCACUUACGGCCCCUAUGGCAAAGAUACACCAUAUGAAGACUUCCUUGCGCAUUCCUUCCAUGAUGGCUAUGCUGUGGUACGCGCAGAUGAAGUUGGCAUCGGCCAAUCGCCAGGUGUAGCCGAUACAAUGUCCAAGUCUACCACAGACGCAUUUUUUAAGGUGAUCGAAUGGGCUGCUGAUCAACCAUGGUCCAACGGCAAAGUGAGUCUGCUAGGCAUUAGCUACUUUGGCGGCAGUCAAUGGCGCGUAGUAGCACGCCGUCCACGCGGCCUGGCCUAUAUCAUCCCAUGCCGCCACGGUGGCAUCUUGACAGCACCUUUUCUCAAGUUCUGGUUCAACCGCCAGGUCAAAUCUAAUCAAUAUGGAUUGGCCAACAGAUCCAAGAACCAGCGUGGCCUAGACACUAUUAAAGGCGAUCUCUCUAAAGAAGAGCUGAAGGGGAAUUGCCGCGAUCAGUUGAUUAAUAAUUCCAACAACUUCUUCCGCGAUGAUGAAUACUAUGCCUCUCGCGAUUACAAUCUUGAGGAUAUCGAAGUGCCGCUUCUUUCUUUCGGGAACCUGGGCAACAUCGUUGUUCACCUCCGCGGUAAUUUCCUUCGACUUGGCUUGGGACGUCACGACCUACCAUUCUACAAUGACGAUGACGUCGAGUUGCAGAAAAGUUUUCUUAGCGCACUCUGCGAAGUACCGAUUGCAGUCCGCAAAUCUCCUUUCAAGCACGAUACGAUAGAUGCAGCUUCUGGCAGGGCAAUUCAGUUCCGUGCCGAGAAGGAGUGGCCACUAGCAAGAACUACUUAUACUAAAUACUUCCUGACGCCGGAUCUUGACUUCACUCCAGAUGAACAACAGUGUCAGAUUCACAAACGCCUUUCCUACCCCGCGCUGACUGUCCCUGACGACAACUCCUACCACCGGUUCAUGACUAAGCCGUUCGAUCAUGAUGUGGAGAUCACUGGGCACAUUGUCGCUCCUGUCAAUGUCUCCGUCACCCCCGAAUUGACCGGAGGUGCACCGAAGGACAUUGAUGUCUUUGUCACCGUGCGCCACUGGGCAAAAGACGGCUCGGAGAUAUUCUACACAGGUUCUAUCGGAGAUCCUGUGUUUGUGAGCAAAGGCUGGCAACGUGUCAGCUUGCGCAAGAUCAACAAAGACCAUCCCAAUCACCGCGAGUACAGACCUUGGCGCGACUCCUUCUCUCCAGACGUGCAGCCUGUCAUUCCUGGUGAGAUCUAUGGUGUUGAUAUUGAAAUCUGGCCAACACAAUUGGUUCUGCAGUCAGGCGAGAAGUUGUCAUUCGAGGUCAGUGGAGGCGACACUCAAGGUGUAGGUAUCUUCAGCCACGAAUCACCCGAAAGGUCACCCGAACGCUUUGGAGACAUCAACCAUCUGCACUUCGGUCCAAGGUACAGCAACUACGUUGUACUGCCUAUCAUUCCUACAGCACCUUCCUGA